UGAUGCGUGCACUGACUAUUAUGCACCCAAAAUAUUGUACGAAGCCCAUUUCCAAUCCACGACGCACACACGUUUGCAAACCUAUUUUCGGGAUCAAGAUCGGGAGGCUGUGGUGUUAUUUCAUUUUUUAACGGGACUUAAGUAGUGAAGUGACAGCUUUGAUUUUGGAUCCUUUCCAGUUUCUACAAAGUUUUUCUUCAUACAAAACUUAUGCUACCACCACCAGUGCAGUAUCACCAGUGUACCAAUGGAAGCGCGGCCGCUCUUCGACGGUACACUGCACUACGUGUAGCGCUUGCACACAAAUAAUUAAGUUACACGAAUGCUCGGAGGAUUAACAGUACAAACUGGACUGCAGUCGACCAUUUGAUAAUUUUGGCAAGGAGCCUAAAGUUCUUGGUUUUGCAAGCGAGAGCCCAGUUUCUCUGAUAAUGUACAACGCCAAUAGAUUCCAGCAAUACUUAGUUUCUCGUCUCAAUUAAAACUGAAAAUUUUCUUUUUGUGAUUAACAAGUUUGAAACCAAUCAUGACGACGGAGAUUUUAGACAACAAUAAUACGGGGGAGAUGACCGUGUUGAAGGUGUACGAACUAGCCGCAGAUGCCGGGAGAGAAUGCCAACAGCUGAUUGAACAGUUUGGGCAAGAGAGUGCGAGUAAUGUUACACUAAAAAUCAUUUCCAUCUUGGAACACUUGGAACUUCUAGUAAAUGAGAAGACAGAGUUGGAGAAGAAAGUUAGCAAAUUGAAUGAAAACCUUGUCACCUGCCAGAAUGAACUAUCGAGAAAGACAGAAGAAAAUGCUCAUUUACUAAUUGAUCUCCAUAAGAUGGAAGACCAGCACCUUGAAGAUUUAGAGCAGUGGAAAGAAUUCCUGAGUGAGGCCCGGAGAAAGAACAAGGAGCUCAAGAAACAACUUAAUGAGAAGGAAGGGCAGGUCAAACAAGAAAAAGUUAUGGAGCAAGAGACAUUGAAGGUGUUACUGAAGCUAAAAGAGACGGUGGACAAACAGAGAGAUACGAUCCGAGCGCAGGAUAAUGAUCUCAGGUCUAAGAACCAGGAUGUGGAAGCAUUGCAGCAACAAGCUGAUAGACUUGUCAAAGUGAACAGCAACCUGCGGCGGAAACACGAGCUAGUUGAGAGCCACUCUCGGAACCUGAUCCGACAAAAGUCCACUCUACAGGUUGAUGUGAUGAGACUGAAUAAGAACCUGAUAGAGCAGAAGACUAUGACAGAGAUAGAUGAAGCUGAUGGCACCAUGAAGGACAAUCCUGAGGUUGACAAUAAAGAAGGGGAGAAUAAGAUGGCUGGUGACCUCUCUCAUGACCCCAACCGACCUCGCUUCACUCUGAACGAACUCAGGAAGGUCUUGAUUGAGAGGGAUGAGAUGCAUCUUAAAGUAGUGGCCUUGGAAGAAGAACUGGAAACAUACAGAGCUGAAGAAGACCAGACAGGGUCCUCUGCAAAUACUUCCUCUCCUUGUCAACAAGAAGAAAACUCUGGCAAAAACAAGCCAUCAGGAAUCAGAAAAUUCUUUGCAAAUCUGUUCAAAGGAAAAGACAAAACAGAUGUAGAGGAAGAGUUGAAAAAAUGGGAAUUGCUAGACCUCGAGCAAGAGGAUUUCAUCUCGUCUACCGAAGAUCCUCUCACCCAAUCUGUCCAAUCAGAAACAGCUAUGCCCACCACAAGAGGGAGCCCUAACACAUAUACUGAGAGAUCUAGACGACACUCUGACAUCACACCAAGCAGCAAUAAUAACAAUGAGGCUCCCGUCCCAGGCAAGAAAAAUGACAGUUGGUUUUUUGGAUCUAAAUCGCGAUCUCCCAGCAAGCCCAAAGAGAUGGUUGAUAUGACAUCACCUAAGGCUUCUUCAUCACCCAGACGGUCAAGAUCAUCAUCACCGAGUGAUCUACCGUUGCCAAGGGCAACCCCUCCACCUGUCAGACCCAGUAAAAAUGAGGAUGAGAGUGAGGAUAGAGAAGGUGUCUCAAACACCUUUUCUCUUGAUACAAAUAUCAUGCCCAUACAAGCCUUGAUGUACCCUAAUUUCUAAGUAUCCCUAACUUCCUAAGUUGAUCAAAGACAUUCUGUUCCGUUUAUUUCUCAUUUCUAUUAAACAUGUACUACGAAGAUACAAUAUAGAAUUGUAUUCAUGUUUAUAAUGCAGGAAAUUGCCUGUUGUAACUUUAACAAAUGCAAAUUUUCAGUAAACCUGUAUUGUCCCAACUGAUUAUAUAAACUCUAUUGCUAUUGUGGCAGAAGGGUGCUAAUUUAGUAUCUUGUUAGAGAUAAUGCUCUUCUUGUUCUCUAGAUCCAUACUGCAGUAGGUCUUCCAGCCAUGAGUGAAAGAACAUUGUAGAACUCAUUUGAAUGUAAGUCUUUGACCUGGAGAGGACCUCAUAUAGCAUAUACAAACUAAAUAACAUUAUAUGGAGUUUAUAUAUCUGUAUUCAUAACUAAACUAACCUGUCCAGGGCUUAUGAAUAAUGCUCUCAGUAUAACACGGCUUCUAGGAAUUCCCAACUUAUUUCAUUAGAGUCAGAAGGGCAUUAACUUUACCUAGGUGAUAUGAGUUAAUACCAUUCUGGCUCUCUAUAGAUGAUCUUAACCCAUUACAUGUUGGAACCAAGUGGUAUGUGUACUAGCCUAUGGCAAUGAGUGAAUUCAGGAGUCAGGGGGUUAGAUAGUUGUAUCCUUUUAUUGUGUGAAAGGAGAAUUAAAUAUACCAAUUUGUUUUUGUGUAUACAUUAAUGUGUUUGUGUAGUGCAACAAGUAUCUUUGUACCCAGUUAACACCCUUUGGGUUCUUCUCAGAUGAGAAAUGGAACUCAAGUCUUUUUCCUGUCAUAGACUGCUUUGCCAUUUGAUGUACAAUGCGCAUUUGUAAGUCAAAUUUAUUCCUUGAAAUGCGCCGUAUGCUGACUACAGCUGCCGGAGCUAAAGCUUGGGUAAUAAUAUCUAAUCUUCUUUGCAUAGUGCUUCAGGAAGUUACGUCAUAGUGAGAUAUGCUCCAGACAAGAAUGGUUAAUUCUUAUUAUAAUUGUCAGCUGGAAGCGUUUCUUGAAGGAAAGAAUAUUUAAAUUGUUAUAUCUUGUGAAUUUUUUUCCAUGAAAAUUAUGAUUCAUCCAAUAUAAUAAAAAUUAUAGCAAAUUAUAAAUCAAUUACUGAAAAAUUACUGGAAGUGAUUGAUUUAUAGUUCGCUAUGGUCUCAUGAAAAUUGUAAUUUGUGUAUAUAUUUCCUUGCCAGAAUUGGACAUGAAUUUCAGUUGUUUCAAUUAGAAAACUUGUCUACUAGUGUACUUAGCUUUUGUUUAUUCCUGAAAUAUCUUAUAUAUCUAGAUGCAAUAUAAUGUUCUAACUUAACCUUUAUGCUUGAAAUGUUGGCAUUGUUAUAUAGCUAAUAUCUUUCUUCUAGAGUUCCAUAGACUAAAUUAUAAAUAAAAAAACUGGUAAUAUGGUGAGCAAGUCUGCAAGCAAUUUCAGUCUUCACAAUUUUUGGUGUUCUCUGAUGCUCGUUUAAUAUAUGUGUAUUAUCAUAUAUGUCCUGAAUAAGAAAUAUACAGGUGCUCGUUCAGUUGCGAGGAUUUUUGAUCAGGUUUCUAUUUUUCAGGUUAAAUGUGAAUGUGUAUUACUUGAAGAGAAGUAUCAAGCUUUUGAUUUACUACGUUAAAUUCACACCCACAAAGAUGUGUUAUAAGAAGGAAGGUGAUGUAAAUGGGUACCUGGCAGGAAUUAAUUCUUUGGAAAGAUAAUGGUAGGUAAUGGCAGCACAGCUAAAGCCAGGGUAAUAAUCUCCAAGUUUGGAAGUGCUUAGUGAUUGUAUUAAGUGCUAUUUAAAAACUGAGUAUUAUUAUUAUUAUGAUAAAUGGCGUGCAUUCAAACAUUGUGAACACAUCUCCUGAAUGUAUUUUAUCAUUGAAAUGUCAUGCCUUUUAAUAAUACAACUUAUGAAUUUAAUUGGUUCAAGUUGUGUAGACUUCUGAAGAUUUUACUUGAUCGCAGAACUAAAUUUUCUUUACUGAAUACUGAUGCAUAGUACCAAUAUUUGUGUAAAAUUGAAUGAAUUGAAUGAAUUGAAUGAAUGGAUGAAUUGAGCAAGAUCUAAAUAAUUUGUACCAUUUUUUUCUAAUGUUAAAUAUCUAAAGGCAUGACAGUGAUACUAAGUUAAACAGGUCACUUUCUUUUUACAGUGUACAGCCUUGUCUUUUUAUUAAAAUAUACACAAACUUGUCAACCCUGCAACCUUUUUUCAAAGUGAAUAUGACUCAUAAGAAAAAUAUGGUCUGAAAUUAAAAAGUUCAAUGCCAAGGCAAUUGCCUUUUUAUCCAUAAUAAUGUUUUGAUUUACCAGUUUGCAGAUUUCUUUCUUUUUAUAGGCUGAUAGUUAAGGAGCAGAUGACAUUCAAAGAGUUCCCUAUAGUGUUUCACUGCUUCAGAUUAUAUAUAUAUAUAUAUAUAUAUAUAUAUAUAUAAUUUUCAACCAAGUAAAUACAUUGUUGCAAUGUGCCAUAUACAAUUGACCAAAGAAUAGUAUGGUAUUGAAAUUAUUGAACUAAAAGAGUUUCUCAUUAUAUUUCCAUCAGUUAUGAAAACUUCAUUUAUAUCAUUUUAUAUACAGGGAAGUAGCAUUACAAUUGUGUAUUUCAUCUUUCUGUGGUGCAUAUAAAGUAUAUCAAAUCAUAUUUGGAAUUGGCUUUUGAUAAAAACAAGGAAGUGCCUCAUUUUAUAGUUGAAAAGUGAUUUAAGAAAAAAAAAAAAAAAAACAGAAAUAUCAGGGCAGACCUCUUCUAUUUCAAACAAAGAAACCGGGUGCUAAAUAUUUGUAAGCGUGGUGAUUCAUUGUGCUGUGUGGUAUGGAAACAAUGAUCCAGAGGUUCACAAUGUACAGUACAAGUAUAUUUAUAGAAUGCUGUAACAGUACUUUUGAGGUGAACAUAUGCUUUUUUAGCUGUUCUUUUUCAAUUUUUGCCAGGUGCCUAGGAUUUUACCCCAAACAUAAUUGAAUUUUCAAAUUUGGUCAUUUAACUGUAGCAAAAGAAAAGAAAAACACAAAAUUUUAGAAGAAAACCAAUUGCUAUAUCUGUAAUUCAUAAAUAGACCUUUCAUAUUAAUGAAAUAAAUUUCAAUAGAAAAUGACCAACAAAUUCUAGAAGGAAGUGGUUUAUAUUAAAUCAUUUAUCAUUUUAAAGUUGCAUCUACAUUUUGAAUUCAGUACAGAUGUGUUUUAAAUACAUUGCAAAAAUGGAAAUGACUUCAUUCAAGUUAACCUUGCCAUGAACUUGGGGAUGUUAGUAUUCACAAAUUGGUUUAGAGUUAGAAUAUGAUAUCGCAAGCCUUCCCCGAAUUCAGUAUAUUAAAUUUCCAAAGAAGCUUUCAAUUUUAAGACAUUUUAGAUGAUUAUACAUUAUAUCCUACCUGUGUGUAUAUUCUAAUGUUCUAAUCAAUCACAUAUUGAAUGUACAAAGAUAUCAAAGAUAAUAUUGUUGUAAUUACUGCUAUUAUGCUGGCAAUCUCUUCACUAAUACAUUAAUUCAUGAACACAUUUUAUGCAAAACUACGAUUUCAACUCUUCCACUCCUUCAACAUGUGUUUGAAUGAGGGUUAUAUGCACGUUGCUACUUGUGUGAACAAGAGAUUCAAAUUAUAUUUCAACUUGUAUUUUAUUACUCGUUUUGAUGCUUUUUAUACCAUGAUUUUCAAAAUAAUAAAGGCCUAUUUUCUAGCCUUAUCAUAAAAU